GUCUGCGCGGCGAAUAGGUCAUUAUCAUUGUAUUUUUGGUUGUCAGGUUGCCUUAUUCAUGCAUCAAGACCACGAACGGAGCAUUGCAGGCUAAAAGUGGGAGCUUCAAGCUCAGCUGUGGAGCAUGGCCACCACCACCAUGGAGCAGCUUGGCCAUGUGGAUGACCUGCGUGCCCUGCAGGCAAGCCUGGGUGACUUGACACGGAACCAGGGCCUGCUUUUGGACACAGUGCAGCAGGAAAACAACCGCUUUGCUGAUGCCUUGGGAAGCCUUGAUGAUGUGCUGCAGCGGGCCCGGGUGUACCAGGCCAAGUUGGUGCGCCUCAAGCGUGACAUGACGGAGUUGCAGCAGCGGAGUAGCCGCCUGCGCAAGCGCGCCUUGCGGCUGCAGCAGCUGAAGCAGAAGGAGGCCCUGCAGGCCGAGCAGCAGCGCCAGCGAGACCUGGAGCGCACACGGCAGCUGCAGCCACGCGUGGCCCCACAAUUGGCUCCCCCUUAAAUGAGCCAGCAUAUUUGUAGAUGCUACGUCCGUGAUGUGAACAGUGCAAGGUGCAGGAAAAAGGAAAAUACCUGCAAAAUGUCCGAAUUCAUCGCUCACUUGCCUCUAUGUUGGAUCCACAAAAUGAAGUGAAUAAUUGAUCCGGCCCAUAGAUGAAUGCGACAUCUGCUCUCAGUAGACCGCUCUCGCCAUGAGUUUCACUAUGGUGGCAUGUUUGGCUUGUUAGUAUGUCAUAUGAAAGGGAAAUAAAGUGCCCGAUAUGGCACAUACGAGCGACACCAGGCGCACACGGCACUAACUUUAACGAGCAUCUUAUUUUCAGGAUCAGAGCUAUUGUGCCAUUGCUUUGAGUACAUGUUCAGUGACGCACUUGUCGAAAGGUAUAACUCUGUCCCUGGUAAUAAGGAAGUUAAUGUUAGCACCAUGCGUGCGGUGAGUCCAGUACUAGUACUAAAGGGCUGAAGGGCAACUAUGGUAAGAAAAACUGUACUAUAGGAGUGAGAUUGAGAAGCUGCAACCAUACACCUCCCCCUAAUAAUCGGCAAGAACAAUCCACUAUACUGAAUUUUCUUUGGCAUUCCCCUCAAGGUUGCCUUGAACAUUGUGUUAGCAGGGCAGGUGCACAUGUGCUCUGAACAUGGUGAGAUGGCUCUGAGGGAACAUGUUGCCAGACUGCCAGACUAGUAGAAUAUAUACUUGUGUCCUUGUGCAAAGUGCACACUUUGCGCGAGGGCAAAAGAGAGACAGACUUGGCGUUUCUCUUCAGUUUUUUUGCAAAGUGUGCGCUUAUUUAAACCUGCAUGAGAUGGGUCUGUUGCACUGUUAACAGCUUCUCUGCAGAACCAUUAAAUGUGCUGCGAUUCUGUGCCGCAUCACACUUGCCCGCAAACUAAAUCAGCGAUUCAGUCCAUCGUGUGAAUGCAGUUCUCAUUCGUGUCAGUUUUGCAUUUCCUUUCCUAACUGGUGUUCCUCUUAGUUCCCGUUUGUGUGUGCUGUACAUAACACAAGAACAAUGAACAUACAAAUAGCCCAAUUUAUUGCUAAAUCAAGCUCUCACAAAGCACAUCGAGAUUGUCCAUCUCUGCAAGAACUUCCGUGGACAACAACUCAAUACCACAAGUUAUCUGUGUACAUUAGAGUCGAAGUUCAGCAGCCAUAGGUGACAUGUGGUAAACACUCACCACUGGCAAACAUUCCUGAAACAUUUUAGUUAUGUUAUGGCCCUAGGCAGGUCUUCACACUGGGUUUAUUUUUUUCGUCUACUUUUGCAUCAUAACAUCACCUUUUCUCCGACAAACUACAUCCGCUUGAGAUGGGUGACUUUUAAUUCGAGAUACAUUAUGAUAAAAAUCUUAUGGGAUCAAUGUGUAAUAUGAAUGGGAUGAGGAACCCCUCAAACAGUUGUCAAGUGGAUUUUCCCUCCAUCUCUAUGAAUAUGUGGAGUUUAUUCUCUGAAUAAAAAGCUGGGGCAGAAGUGCUGGUAAACCAAACAGGACUUCAGGCCCUAGCACAUGUCAGUGGUGUAGAGGAAGUGAAUACACAAGGUUGUUCUGUGGUUGAAGGAAACGUACACUUGCCAACCAAAAAGCAAAAAAAAAAUUUUAAUAUUUUUUACGUUUUGGCAUCCAACACGGGUGUCUAGCUCACAAUAUUUUUGUUUAGCGAGGUGCAAGGCCGUCUUUAACAUAUACGUACCAAAAGCAUUUUGAGUAUAGCUCAGGGAGGGGUCCCCAUGUCUGGUUUAUCAUGUCUGCCGUAGAUUGUAUGCAAAAGUAUUCAAGGAGCAGGCAGGAUGAUUAUUUUCCUUUUUGACGACUGAAGCCAAUUGCCAAUCAAUACUGUGACCUGUUCAUGAUGCUCUGCCAGUGCAUUAGACACUGUGUGCCCUUUGGCUACAUCAUUGCUGUGCUGCUGUAGCCAUCUUUUUAAGUUUCCUGUUGGCACGCCUGGCAUGGAAUUAUGUAGAUGACACCAGUGUAUUUUUCUUUUUCUAGGCAGCCUUUGACUCUGACAAGUUGCUGCUUUAGUUUGCUUGUAGAUGUGGCAGAUUUGCACUUUAUAAUUUUUGAAAAUUCUUAAAAUUGACUUGCUCACCCCUCGUGCAUAAGGAAGUGAAGCCUGCUUCCAUGUUGUCUCUGCUUUGGCAGGAGGGUUAGCAGCAUGCCUUCCUUCCUUCAUAAUAAACUGGUCGGGAUAGCCAUUGUUCAGUCUUUCUUCACUCUUCAGCUCAAGUUUUCGUGCGACAGCAGUAGAACAUAAGCGAAUGCAUGGGAAAACAGUGUCGAUACAAUAGAUCAUUUUUGUCCUAUGGGAUGUAAUGGCUCAAAGUGCAGGCAUUUAUUUAUUUUUAUGUAUUUACAGAUACUGCCAGCCCUUACGCAGGGCUUAUAUAUAAGCAGGAGUGGAAUACAAACAUUAACAAGACAAAUAUUUUGUACAUUUAAAAUUAACACAAAAAGGGACAAUAAAAUAAAGUAACACCAAGAGACAUAUAAGCAGAUAACAGCAUUAACUGCAGAUCACAUAGAGACAAAGAAAAGUAUAUAACUCUUCAGGACCUCAAUAAAGUUCUUGACUGACUUAUAAACAAGGAUAUCUCUUAUGUGUAUUGUGAAGAAAUCAAUUGAUGAGGAUGAAACCCUGUAUGUGUAGGCUUCUGAUUUACGCUCGUUGAAAGGCUGGAUGCAGGGCGGUUGAUUUCAAUGUCCAAGAAAAGCAAUGCGGCCAUUAACUUCUUCAACGGUGAAUUCGAUCGUGUGCUGCAACGAGUUUAGGUGUUACAGGAAAGUUGAAAUGUCUUCGCGGAGAGAUAACACAGUAACAGUCAACAUACCGCAGGAAUAAUUUCAGUGCAGGCUGGAACGUUACCAGGGCUCUUCAAGGGCUUCCAAUGCAAGAUUGGCACAAGCCACUGAGACCGACGCUCCCAUCGCUGUCUUCCCAAUGCAAGAUUGGCACAAGCCACUGAGACCGACGCUCCCAUCGCUGUCCCAAACACCUGCCUGUAGAAUGAUCCAUUGAAUGAGAAAUGUGUUGCGUAAGCAAAAAUCAAGAAGGCGGCACAGGUUGUCGACCUCGAACAAGGUGCGCGAAGGCUGAGAAGCGUCUAUGUCCAAUGCUGUUGUGCAGCACUCAACAGCCUUCAACAGGUACGUGCGUGAACAUUGACUUGACGUCAAAGGAGACCAUGACAUUUUUGGUUUCCAAAGCCAAAUUCUUGAUAUUGUCAACAAAGUCAGCGGAGUCCUUACGGUGAAUGAAGCACAUCAUGAAGAUAUUGAGAAAGCCGAUGCAAUGGGGAACUUGUGAAGUCUACAAUGGGCCAAAGUGGGACGCCAGGCUUGUGAACCUUAGGGAGGUCCUACAUCACAGGAGCCAAGCUGGUGUGACCAAGCAGGCGGUUGUGCAGAUGCUUGUUUUCCGGCGGUACGAACUUGGAAGACGCGAGUCGGUCUCUUUUGAAGUUCGGAUGCAGUCUUUCUCGUAGGGUCCCGGUUUACUCUCCAAUAUGUUGUUCGGUCCUAUAUUGAACAAUGUGAGCCUGCAGCAGGCUACCUUCAAGAUGCUUUAUUCGUAGUUUGAGGUGGUGAUAACAAUUGACUUCUUUUGGGGUUCAGCGUUCCUAUGGUAUGCAUGUGAUCACGUGCUGUAUAAAAAACAUGCUCCUUAGCUUUACUAUAUUGUGCAUUGUUUUAAGGACUGUAACCAAGUAGCCCAAUAUCAACAUUUUGCUUAGAUGCGUUCGACAGUUUAUUGCAACAGUUAUGUACAUAUUUCCUUCACUGUCCAUAUGAAUUGUGGUGGCACUGCUGUGCCAAAAUGACUUUGUACAUGUGGCUUGGGAAUAAAUCAGAUGUUUCACCUAGAA